AUGAGAGAAAGACGGACAGAGAAGGACAAAAUAAGAAGAGAUGUGUUAUCAGCAGUGUCCGAAAUACCUGAUGCCACCAUUGAAGAACUAAAGACUGCAGCCCAGAACCCAUCUUCCAAGUCUCGGCAUCGAUACUAUAUUCUCAAGAAGAUAUUUUAUAAUGGAAGUCACCUGAUCAAGAAACGCAAGGGUGUAGAUGAAUCACCAGGAGUAAAGUAUGCAAACAUCGCAAAAGAAGCUCUUGAAUUAUUCAAGUCCUAUUGCAUCACAUGUCAAGCAAAGAAGAAGCGAAAUAAGACUGCUGGCGUUGUUGUGAAGCCCCUAUUGAGCAGUGAAUUGAACUCGCCUUGCCAAGUUGACCUUCUGAAUAUGCAGUUGUUGCUUCAGGCUCAGUUCAAGUGGAUCAUGGUCUACCAGUGCCACCUCACUAAGUUUGUCAUACUUCUAGCACUUACAUCAGAGAGAGCUGAUGAAGUUGCCUUUCAACUGCUUGACAUAUUCCCUCUGUUUGGAGCUCCUGCCAUACUGCAAAGAAACAAUGGUUCUAAAGUCAUCCCAGAGUUGAAAGAACUUUGGCCACAACUCAUCCUGGUCCAUGGGAAACCAAGACAUCCAGGUUUCAGUAGGACGAGCCAGUGGUGA